CGAGAUAAGAUUAGUGGACAGUCCUAGUGUUCCCUCAAGUCUUAGUAUUAUCCACACUGCGUUCUGUAUUGUAAGUGUUAGUGAAGGGCUUUCAAAUGCUUGAUAUGCUAGAAAGAUUCAUGUCAUCAUGCAGUGGAAAAAUAAUAUUGAUUAAUGUGUUAUAGAAAGGAAAAAGUUCAUUCGAAACACACAGGGCUUUGUUUAAAAUGCUGAAAGACUAAACAAAAACAUAUUCUCAGUAGUAAUAAGACGUCGUCUCAACCACUAUCAAAACUGAAACAUAAUCCAGUUCGUCAUCACUUUCAACAGGUCUCAAAACAACUUAUGUCUAAGAAGCGGACGUCGGUGUUGGUGUGGGUGUGUCGGUUGUGGGCGGUGAGUGUUUUGCAAGAAGGCAUGGAGGUGUGGUCACGCUCCUGGCUUGUUGAUAAGUUCAGGUCUCCCUAUAUGUGUCGCGUCUCAGUCAAGAUCGACGAGUGGUGCAUGGUGCCAUCCCUCACCCACCCCAUGAUGCGUCGCUUGCCGGCAUGGAAAUGCGUGUAUGACCCCUGGUGUGAUGCGCUGGUAUACAUUGAGACCGCACCGCCCCUGAUUACUCGUUUAACGGUACUGAUGGUUGCCCUUGCUGUGUCCAUUCUGCUGGUGUGGGCCCCAAGGCUUUUCGCCUACCGUCCCUCCCAUCCCUACGUGCUCUGUGUUAGGGUCCAGACUCAUGGAACUCUGUGUUUAUCAAGAACUGCAAGAAGCCCCUGUCACAUGGCUUCAGCAUUCUAUGGAGAGAGACAGCAUGGACACAGGAGUCAGCCCACACUCACUAAAAACAACAGACAUAACCCCACUCUACAAAGGUGGCAGUAAAGCAAUUGCAAAGAACCACAGACAGAUAGCAGUAACAUCCCAUAUAUGUAAUAAAAAUCUUUGAAAGGGUUCUAAGUAGCAAGAUCGCCAACCACCUAGAUACCAGUUAAUUACACAACCCAAGGCAACACGAGUUUAGAGCAGAUUGCUCCUGCCUGUCCCAACUACUGGAUCACUAUGACAAGGUCCUGGAUGCUAUAGAGGAUAAACAAAAUGCAGAUGUAGUAUACACAGACUUUGCAAAAGCUUUCAACAAGUGCGACAUUGUGUAAUAGCGCACAAAAUGCGUUAUAAUGAAUAACAGGAAAAGUUGGUAGAUGGCUCUAUAACUUCCUGACAAAUAGAACACAGAGUAAUAGUAAAAAGAGUAAAGUCCGAGGCAGCUACAGUGAAAAGCACAGUACAGCCUCUCCUCACUUAACGACGAAAUUCCAUUCCUGAGACGUCGUUAAACGAAUUCGUCACUAAGUGAGGAGCAUACUAUAAUGGUAGUGAGUUUGUGUCAGCCAUCUUUGAUAUUGUUUUAAUGUCACCUUUGCACCAUUUAUAACAUUUCUGGUAUAUUUUUAAAUGUUUAUACAGCAGUUUACUGUAUAUUGAAAUAAACAGAAUAGAGGAAAUUGGCUCUAAUAUACAUUAUGUAUGAAUACUGGUGAGAGAGCCCAUGCUAAGUCCAAGGCGUCGGUAAACGAGUGCAUCGUUAAGUGAGGAGAGGCUGUACCUGCUCCCAUCCUAUUCGUCAUCCUCAUAACUGACAUAGAGAUGUAAGCCAUAGCUCCGUGUUUUCCUUUCCAGAUGACACCUGAAUUGCCAUGACAGUGUCCUCCAUCGAAGACACCACAAGACUCGAAGCGGACAUCAACCGAAUCUUCAAAUGGGCCACUCAAAACAAUAUAAAGUUCAGUUAAGAGAAAUUUUAACUACUCAGAUAUGGAAAACUUGAGAAAAUUAAAACUGUAUCAGGGUAUACAACAAAUUGUAACCAUACAAUAGAGCAAAAAAGUACAUAAUGUGAAGGACCUGGGAGUGAUAAUGUCAGAGGAUCCACCUUCAAACACCACAACCCGCAUCUGCUAGGAAAAUAUUAUGGAUAAUGAGAACCUUCAAAACUAGGGACACCAAGCCCAUGAUGAUUCUCUUCAAAUCGCUUGUUCUCUCUAGGCUGGGAUAAUGCUGUACACUAACUGCCCCCUGCAAGGCAGGCAAAAUUGCUGACCUGGAGAGUAUACAAAAAACUUUCAUGGCACACGUAAGUACAAUAAGACACCUAAAUUACUGGGAAUGGUUGAAGUCUUUUCAUUUGUAUUCCCUGGAAUGCAGGCAAGAGAGAUACAUGAUAAUAUACACUUGGAAAAUCCUAGGGGGGGUUAGUACCAAACUUGCACACGAAAAUCACUCCAUAAGAAAACAAAAGACUUGGCAGCAGAUGCAACAGUCCCCCAAUGAAAAAAGCAGGGGUGCCAUGAGUACACUGAGAGAUGACACAAUUAGCAUCAGGGGCCCAAGACUGUUCAACUGCCUCCCAGCAUACAUAAGGGGGAUUACCAACAGACCCCUGACUGUACUCAAGAAGCACUGGACAGGCACGUAACGUCAGCAUCUGACCAGCUGGGCUGUGGUUCAUACAUCAGUUUGUGUGUAGCCAGCAGUAACAGCCUGACUGAUCAGACCCCGAUCCACCACAAGGCCUGGUCUUAGACCAAGCCACGGGGACGUUAACCUCCGAAACCCUCUCCACGUAUCUUUUGGGGAUCAUACAGCACUGUACAAAAGAUAAACAUGACAACAGUCAUAUAAAACUUGACAAUGGUUAUACCAAAAAAAUAAUGAUCAUAAAAAAGGAAUAGUAAAAAUACUCAUACAAAUGACCAAACAAAGGUUUCAAACAAAAAGGUCAAACAAAUAACAAUGGUCACACAAUAAAGAAAUAUAAAUAAACACAUCAGUCUUACACAAGCACAGCAUACCCACAAGCUAAAACACAACACAGGUUAAGACCAACAAAUAAUCAAAACUAUACAGGGGCAACUGAGUGAAAAAUGAUCUAUAAAGCACAGGAAGCCCAUCUCACAGAUUAAAAGGAACAUGUAAAAGACCUGGCCAUAGCGAUAAUGUUAUAUAAUCUAUUAUUUAGAAAACACAAAAAGACAAAUUCCAGAAAAAAUGAUAUGUUGUAUGAUGAGAAUUUUCAAAAGAAAAAUAAUGCCAAUAGUAAUGUUAUACAAAUCACUUAUAUUCUCUUGCUUAGAAUACUAUUCAUUGUUGAUAGCCCCAGUCAUGGCAGGAUAUCAAGUCUAGAAAAGGUACAGAGGUCAUUAACUGCUUAAACAGACCUAAUAAGGCUUUAAACUGCUGAAAAUGUCUGAAAGUGCUUGGAAUGUACUCAAUGGAGAGAAAAAAGAUGCCUGACAAUAUAUAUGAGGGUAAAUCGAAAAGUCUUUGUGUACUUUAUUUUUCCUGACAAAAAUACAAUUGCAGCCCUAAUCUUGCCCCAGCACUUUCCAUUUGUUCGGAUUAUAUUUGGAUAAGUGUCUCAAUAGACUUGACGAUUAUGCUGAGAAGUAACCAAUAAACAAUAUUAAACAUGGAUAAGUUGUAUUUUUGCCAAGAAAAGAUCAUGGACACAAAGACUUAUCAAUCUGCCCUCAUGCACAAAAGAUACUGGAGGGCUUAGUUCCAAAUCUACACACUGCCAUAACAUACUGGAGAGCAAAAUAUGGAAGUGUAAACUAGACCCAUUGAAAAGUAGGGGUGCCAUAGGCACAGUAAGAGAACAUUGUCAACAUCCAUGAUCCAAGACUAUUCAACCUGCUACCAGCAAAUAUCAUGAACAAGUGUAGAAAUUCUGAAGGGGCAACUGGAUUACUACUUACACCAAGUGCCAGAUUGGUCAGGCUGUGAUGGAUAUGUGAGCCAGUGGGCCACCAGCAGCAACAGCUUGCCUGAACAGGCAACCAACAGAAGAGCCUGGCCUCAGGCCAGGCUGAAAAAAAAAAUAACUGGUCACAGGUACAUACAGAAUCCAAUAUUCAUUCUAGAUAAAAACAUAUUAAUCAGUCAACAAUGUAAAUAGAUCAGCCAAAAAAUGGGUACCAGAGCAGUUAGUCCCACAAGACACUAUCCACACUACAGAAUCCAAAAUUUCAUUAAGAUCAAAAUCCAUGAAGUGUUCAAAAAAAAAAGGCAUCUGAAUUGUGCAUGGCCCAUAAGGUGCAAUCCCUAAUACUGAAUCCAAAAUUAAAUGUCAAAAUCCACAAGUCAGUUAUACUCAAGGUAAAGGGGCAGGAUGAAAACCACUAAGCAUGUUACUGGGGAACACCAAGAUGUAGAGCACAGCUAGAUUCCUCUUAAGAGGAAUUGAGUAAUAUAAAUUUACUUGUGCAUUUUAUAGCACUUAAUUUUUUUUUUUUCAACAAGUCGGCCGUCUCCCACUGAGGCAGGGUGACCCAAAAAGAAAUAAAAUCCCCAAAAAGAAAAUACUUUCAUCAUCAUUCAACACUUUCACCUCACUCACACAUAAUCACUGUUUUUGCAGAGGUGCUCAGAACACAACAGUUUAGAAGCAUAUACGUAUAAGUGAAUGGAGCACUUAAAUAUUCCUAUUAAUAUUGAUGAUAUCCAGAUAAUUAGAGGAUAAGGAUUAUAGGAACACCAUGAAGAACUAUCCAUACACUUUAAUAUUUCUUCUCUAAUAUAUCUAUCUAAUAUGAUCAUGUUCACAAGAUGCUGAGUGGAAGGGGCUAUUAUUUUUUAAUUAUGUACUACUGACUUGAUAUAAAAUAUAUUAGUAAUAAUGGCUUCUAAACCAGUGACCUAGAUUUUAGGCAAAGAUGUUUCUAAUUAAUCCCUGAAAUCAAAACAAAUAUUAUAAAAAAGGACAAAUUGCAGCAGGUGAUUAUAAAAUUACUACAGAUGUCUGGAACUUCUAAUAUUUAAAGUUUCACCUUAUUCCCUACGGGAAACCAAUGAAAAUUUGAAUUUUUAAGCACUUGUUGAGAAGCGUCUUUGAUUAAAUUCCAGGUCUAUUAUAUGUUAAAUUAUAUUUUUUAAAAGUCAGUAUAUUUGUGCCUAAACCUUCCAUCUCCUGUGAGCAUGAUCUAUAAAACACAAGGGAACAUUUAUGUACAAUGUUCUGUUUGGUAUUAAAUGCAUAAUAUCAGAUCUUCCAUCAUAACAUCACUCUUAAUUUCAAAAUAUGAAAAUAAAUGUAUUAAAAAUAACUAAGCAACAGGCAACUUGUGAACAUUAACUUCAGCUGUAUCAUUUUUUAAAGACAACUAAAUUUGAUAUUUCCCGCCUAGUUUUACAUAAAUAAUUACAUCACUAAAACAGAACAUUAGUAAACCACUGCAGAACAAAAUACAGAAAUUCUGGAGACUAGUAAUAGGUAGAAUGUGCCUCUCAAAAUUGCCACAAGGCUCACAACUUUGCAAGCAUUACCAUACAAUUCCAAUAAGAUUUUUCUUAUUUACUGGAAAACUAGCCUCGUGGGCACCAUAUGUAACCUGUGCCAAAUUGCAGCUCACAUUACAAGUUGUGCUAUCUGUAUUUGGGCGGUUGCAUUAUUUACACUGACGCUGUCUCCUUGACCCUACACUAAAAUAUAUUGUGUGUAAAUAAAGUAGGUUAGACUGAUAACUCAUACUGUUCUGCUAGUCAAGUAGUAUUUGAUUCACAAAAGACUCUCAUCACUCUAGAAACCUCUGUGCAAGUAAUUGGAGUGCCUUAUAAAUGAGCUAUAAGACAGACCUUCCAGUUGUACAGCAUGAGUUAUCAGUCAAUAAAUCAUAUUCUUAGUUAUUGCUUGAGUAUCAUUAAUAAUAACGGACAAAUCACACAUGAAAUCUCAAGAGAUCAGCUUGUAUAAGAAAAACCUUUAGUGACUUUGUAUUCAAGCAGUUACUAAGAAUUAUAUGUAAAAAAGUAGGGAAGGUCUGAAAAUAACAUGUGAAUACACACUGACCAUGAUCAUGAAUACAUGACUUUACAUAAAAAUCUGGAACUCUUAAAUCUCUAUAUACAUUGAUAAUUUACAUGCUUUUACAAAGCAAAUGAGAGGCCAUGAAAAUGAUAAGAGAUCAGGAAUACUUUUCUUGGGAAAUGGAUAAGAAACAUUAAGAAAUUAAAAAAAUGAGUACAGUAAGAAACUAUACAAAAAAAAAAAAAACCUUAUGAUGGCUUACAUCUAAGACAGUGAAUAAGAAAACAGCUGAAAUCUAACUUUGCAUAUAAAACACUUCUAAACUUUGCUAAUAUGAAAACCUUUUCAAUUGGAAGAAACCAAUUUUGAGUAGCAAGCAUUAUAUUUUUUAAAAGGGAUGGGGGGGGGGUAGAAUGGGUUUGGAAGUACUUCAGAAAAAUCUUGGCAGUCAUAGCAAUCUGUACAACACUGUCUCAUGGACAUGACUUAACAAUAUCUCUGUAUAAUUGCAGUUGUGUGCCAAUUAUCCAGGUCAAUUUUAAAUUUGGCAGUAUAUGUAUCCAUCUCCAGUUUGUCAUAAAUCUUUUAAUUUGAAAAGCCUCUUGCAUGGCUCUCAAUGACUUUCAGUUCAAACCAAAAUCCUCCAAAGAACCCACUGAAUUUUAAAAUGUUUCUCUCAAUUGUUUUAUUUUUAUGUCUUUGAAGUCCAUGUUGCCUCCCUGAUUUGUAAAUCAUGAGAGGUCCAUGACAAUAACAGUUAAAUGUUUUCAUGGUUCUUUAUCUUGAGUAGAUAAAAAAAAAAUUAGUGUCUUUAGAAAUUUAUUACAGGUAAUAAUUCUUUACUCAUCUUUAACUAGUAGCCUAAUUACAUUAUUCAAAAAUUAAUCUGUAGAUAAACUUUAAAGACAGUGCAUAUAAAAUACUCUUGGAUGCUCUAUUCUUAUACAUGCCAGUCCUUAACAAAGCUUCCUUCAACAUAGAUUUUGAUGAAUAGAUGUAAUGUAGUUAAAAUACAUAUGUAGGAACUCAAUUGUAAAUUCACAGAGUAACCAAUCGUGAUUUUAUUGUCUCCUUGUGAAAUACAAAUUAUGCCACAAUUAUCAACUUGCAAUAUAAUAAGUGAGAGUUAAACCAAUGUAUGAAAUUCUCCAAUAUGAAUAUUUACAGUACUGCUUGAUUACUGAAGUUUAAUUUGGAAAUAUGAGUUAGCUUCUGUGCAUAUAUAUGACUUGUUUAAAUACUAUUGCUUUAUAAUACUUCAUUUUAAGGCAACACUAUCUGAAGUCUCAAGAGAGUUUUAAGGAAUAUAAGAUACAACUCAAUGAGCACCAAUUGUUGCUUGAACAAACAUUUUAUUUAUUUUUUUAUUUUUUAAUAAAUUUACCAUGAAAAAUAAUUAUGGUUAAGGUAUACCAGGUUAUUUCUUUAUGUGAACUGAGCAUAUUUAUUUUUGGUAAAUCUUCAUUAUGAAAAUCUGAAGUCAAAAGUAUAGCAUUCACAGGUUUAUUUCUGGAUA